CCAUUUGUGUGGGCGCAGGGGAUUGUGGGGGUGGGCGCUGGGAGGGUCUCAGAAUGGGGCUCCGAUCCCGGAAGGAGCCUGGCAGGGCCAGUUCCGGUCCCCCCAGCAGUAUGGCAUCCUGUGCGGAGCCCUCAGAGCCCACUGCCCCACCGCCUUCUGUCCCACCACUUGAAGACUUCGAGGUGCUGGAUGGAGUUGAGGAUGCAGAGGGUGAGGAGGAAGAGGAGGAAGAGGAUGAUGAUGACCUGAGUGAGCUGCCACCUCUGGAGGACAUGGGACAGUCCACUCUGGAGGAGGCCGAGCAGCCUGGGGCCCUGGCCCGAGAGUUCCUGGCUGCCAUGGAGCCAGAGCCUGCCCCAGCCCCGGCUCCAGAAGAGUGGCUGGACAUCCUGGGGAAUGGGCUGUUGAGAAAGAAGACACUGGUCCCAGGCCCACCUGGCUCAAGCCGACCUGCCAAGGGGCAGGUGGUCACCGUGCAGCUGCAGAUGUCGCUGGAGAAUGGCACACGGGUACAGGAGGAGCCAGAGCUGGUGUUCACCUUGGGCGACUGCGACGUCAUCCAGGCCCUGGACCUCAGUGUCCCCCUCAUGGACGUGGGCGAGACGGCCAUGGUUACUGCUGACUCCAAGUACUGCUACGGCCCCCAGGGCAGCAGGAGCCCCUACAUCCCCCCGCACGCGGCCCUGUGCCUGGAGGUCACCCUGAAGACGGCCGUGGAUGGGCCUGACCUGGAGAUGCUGACAGGGCAGGAGAGGGUGGCCCUGGCCAACCGGAAGCGGGAGUGUGGCAACGCCCACUACCAGCGAGCGGACUUCGUGCUGGCCGCCAACUCCUACGACCUUGCCAUCAAGGCCAUCACGUCCAGCGCCAAAGUGGACAUGACUUUUGAGGAGGAGGAGCAGCUCCUGCAGUUGAAGGUGAAGUGUCUGAACAACCUGGAGGCAGUGAAGGGGGCACCCAGAUGUCCAGCUCAGGCUGAGCCAGACACACAGGGAGAGGGGCGGGUUUGGACGGGACAGUGCUGUGCCAGCUGUAGCACUCAGAAGCCAGGGCCGUGGGCCUGUACAGAGGGGGCCAGGUGCUUAGCAGGACUGGGCCUCUUGAAGGAGAGCAAGCCUGCCGUGGUCCCCAGGCAUGGCGCCCUUUCCCCACAGGUGCUGGCUCAGCAAGGCGAGUACAGUGAGGCCAUCCCCAUCCUGAGGGCAGCCCUGAAGCUGGAACCUUCCAACAAGACGAUCCACGCGGAGCUGUCCAAGCUGGUGAAGAAGCACGCGGCGCAGCGCAGCACGGAGACAGCCCUCUACCGGAAGAUGCUGGGCAACCCCAGCCGGCUGCCGGCCAAGUGUCCCGGCAAGGGCGCCUGGUCCAUCCCGUGGAAGUGGCUAUUUGGGGCGACUGCUGUGGCUCUGGGGGGCGUGGCACUCUCUGUGGUCAUCGCUGCCAGGAACUGAAGGACCAGGUGGCUGCCACCCCCUCUGCACACCGUGGACCCCCCCUGCACUCCUCACUCCCCGGCUCCCUGUCCUCUGUCCUCUGUGGCCUGGCUCCCUCCUCUGGGUCGGGGAAGCAAGGAUCGGGGGUCACAAAGCCCAGAGAGCAAGAGGGACUGAGACCCCACAGGAGGCAGUGAGGGGCAGCCCAGAGGGAGGGCCUUGUCCCUGCAGACCCAGCUCCGCUUCCCCACCCCUGCCCAUGGGGUUCGGUCCCCCGGGGCCGGCCUCGGUUUCCCCUCCUAAGUAGGCCUGGGGGCAGCCCACCCCGCCCAGUUCCCACCUGACCGCCAGCCCUUCCUGCCCUGCCUGCCGCCCUCUGUCCAGGCUCCCCCACAGUGAAAUAAAGCCUCCACCCGCGC